GUGUAAUUUGCCCGAACGAGCGGAGUAAACUGACAACCGAGUCCGUCUCCAUUAGCAGAGCAGCAGCCCGUCCUGACCGAGCGGCUGCGUCCUCACUCAGUGACUGUCGCGCAUGCAACACCAAGGGCACCGAGCUCUGUUGAUGCCCAUCUGUCUGGAGGCUCACCGUGAACACAAACAGCUAACGCUAAUGUUGAGUUAGCUCGCGUUCCCGUUAGCAGCGGGACCCUUCAGACCGUCAGUUCGUCCGGGGAGGAGGAGAGGUUACUGGAUGUCACACAGACACGCACUCACACAGCAAACUCUCAUUAGCCAGCGAGCUAACGCCAAGUUCCUGCCUGUCAACUAAGUUGGUCCCCAGCAAGUAGCCAGAAAAAUAAUUUCACGCUCAGGGCAGGGUCUGAGAAGUGCUGAGUCGCUCUGAGAGGUUCCUUCCACUCAGGCAGCAGGCAGACAGCAAGCAUGCAGGCAGAGAGAGGAGAUGGAAGACCACAUGGAUGGAUGGAUGGAUGGAUGUCGGACAGAGAGGCAUGUGGGAGAGAGCCAGAGGCAGGCAAAAGGAGACAAAGAUGCAGAAAAUGUCCUGUUGGUUUUCUCCUGUCAUGGCAGGACAGCAGCAGUUUCACUCUCUCAUUCUCCUCCUCGUUUCUGUGGAUUUUUAAGCAGCAGACAAGUAAAAAUGCAAGCCAGGAUUUUGAAUCGCACCAGCUUUUCUGUGGGAAGGGGUCUUUCUUCAUCAAACUGGUGGAGGUCACCAGACAGAGACACUGUGGCACAUCAUUGGCUGUGACUGCUGAUCCCCGAGGAGCAUGAGUCAUGACCUCAGUGGUGCUGGUCGACGCUGGUGGGACAGUGGUGGAGUAUGUCACAGCCGAGGAGUACCCCCAGCAGGGGGAAGAGUGUGAGGUGGACAUGGAGUAUGAAGGAGAGGUAGAAGGCGAGUGUGAAGCUGAGGAGGCCUGUGAAGAUGUACAGGACAGAGAGGAGGCCGAGGACUACCCAGCAGUCAUAGUGGAGGAGGUGCCUGGUGCUAACCUUGCUGAGGAGCAGGGUUAUUCAGCCCAGGUGGUGGUGUAUGAGGAUGAGGCCUACCUGAUGCAGGAAGUGGGCGAUGAGCAGGAGGUGGAGACAGAAGGAGAGGCAGUGGAAGCGUCUGUCCAUGGCACCAGCAUCCACUGCUCUGACAAGACCUUUGAGGCUGCAGAGGCUCUGCUACGCAUGGAUUCACCAUCCAGCCUCAGAGAAGAUCGCAGCCCAGAAGCUUUUGUCCCACCUUGUGUAGCGACACCUGACUUCCUUCACGCUGCCAUGCGUCCUGACAUGAUCACGGAGACUGAGGUGGAGAUAUCAACAGAGGAGUGCUGUGAGGAGGAAGAUGAGGAGAUUGGCACCCUGCUGGAGGAGCCAGAACCAGAGCCCGGCCACGAACCUGUCAGGAAGAGGAGAGCAGGACGGAAGCCAAAGACACAUCAGUCUUCCAUCUCCAAUGGCUCACCAGACCUCGGCAUCAAGAAGAAACCCAGAGAGGGGAAAGCAGGGAGCACAACCUACCUGUGGGAGUUCUUGUUGGACCUCCUCCAGGACAAGAACACCUGUCCUAGGUACAUCAAGUGGACCCAGAGAGAGAAAGGCAUCUUCAAACUGGUUGACUCAAAGGCUGUGUCCAAACUUUGGGGCAAACACAAGAACAAGCCUGACAUGAACUAUGAGACCAUGGGACGGGCACUCAGAUAUUACUACCAGCGAGGGAUCCUCGCCAAGGUAGAGGGCCAGCGCCUAGUUUACCAGUUCAAAGAGAUGCCCAAAAACAUAGUCAUAAUCGACGAUGACAAGGCUGACAUGCCCUCCCCUGAUGAUCUGAUUGGCUCAGAGACUUCAUCCUAUGAGCGCGUGCUGCCCUCGCCAGAUGUACUGCUGCAGGCGAGCGAUCUGUCAUCCUCUAAGAAGCCCAACAUCCUGCGGGGUAACAGGGCAAACGUGGUCCAUGCUCCUGUUCCCACAGGCAACAAGACAUUGGCAGGAGGUGUUGCAGCGGCUGCAGGGAUAUCGAGGAUAGUGGCAGUUUCAGCAGCAUCAGAUGGGAGUCAGGCCCAGCAGUCUCAUGCAGCUAUCAUCUCUAACGCCAGUGGGCCAAGGACGGUGCGAGUGGCUAUGCAGGUGCCUGUGGUCAUGACAACAUCGCUGGGUCAGAAGAUUUCCACUGUUGCCGUGCAGCAGCAGGCAGGAACGACAGGAGCAGGCAGUCACACCACCCUCCUCACCAACACUUCGGCCAUUGGUGGUACUGGGAACACCAACUCACAACAGAAGGUUAUGAUCCAGACCAUCCCCACCAUGGUCCCAGCCACAGCAGAGAACGGGGACAAGAUCACUGUCCAGCUGGCCAAGAUCAUCACCAUCCCCGCCCACCAGUUAGCUCAGUGUCAGCUCCAGGCCUCCACAGGCACAAACAAGUCUGGUGUCGGGGCCUCACCGACAGGCAUCAGCCUCCUUGGGAGUCCCCUGACAGUCCGGGCCCUGGCACCCGUCAAUGUCGCCCCAGGAACGCAAGUGAUGAGACUCACCGUACCAACGCAGGCACAACAGACUCUGGUGGUGUCACAGUCGGGCAGUGGGGCGGGGGUUGUAACUGUAUCAACAGCCAAUCAGACGUUGACGGCACAGCCUCGGCUCAUAAGCGGCGUCAUUAACGGUUCUGAGCUGGUCAUAGGAGCACCAGCGGGUGGGGCACUAGAGAAGCUGAAGGCUGCAGGAGUCCAGGUCCAAGCUGUGCAGGUGCCAGUGACAGUCCAACAGAAUGUCCAGUCAGAGGCCAUGGACACUGAAGUGGUAAUCAAACUAGAAACGCCUGACGUGAUGAUGAAGUCGGAAGAGCCUGAGUGUUGAAAUCCACCAAUAUCUUUUCCAUCUCAUCCAGAGAGGAUUAGUUUGUAUAUGUGCGGCAUCAUUUUUACUCUUGUAAUAACCAGCAACAGUCUGUGAGACUUAAAAGACUCCUGAAGGCCUAUUUUUAGUCCUGAACCUGUCCUUACAUCUUCCCCGUUGCUGCUGAGAACUUCACUGAACUAAACUGGUCUCUGUCAGAACCACAAUGAAACCUCUCACAGCUUCAGACUAUAUUCUGCAAGAAAAGGAAUCCACAGACUUUAAAGGAACUUGUUGGGAAGGGAAGGGUAAAGGGACCAACCCGGAUCACUACAAUUUUUGCCUUUUUUAAAGGACAGCUGUCAAUGUCUCAAAGUUUGAAAAAGGGAAAGAACCUUGGAAGUACAAAAAAACCUGAAACACUACAAAAUGAGGCAAAUAAUUUAGACUAACCAAAAUGUAAACUAUGGAAUAAAAGAAUAGACAUAGUGGGGGGGGGUGUAAUGAAGCUUUUGUAGAGACCAUUUGUUUAUAAUUUUGCCUCAAGAUGCUAAAACCAGCAACCUUUCUUUUCUUUUUUUUUUUUUACUUAUAUCACUGUGCAGACGUGUGGGUGGUGCUACGUGAGUCAUAAAAGAGGGAGUGAGGGAAAGAGAAAAGUGGAGCUGCGAGAAGCUCCAACAAGGAAUGAUAUCAGACGGAAAAUGGUCAAGUAUGUACAUAUAUACAGUAUAUAUAUAUAUUAUCUACUCUACAGUUUACAGAGCUAAAGUUAACAGAACAGCCUUAGAUUUUGAUUUUGACUUUCUUUUUCAUGUAUUGUCUGAACAGUAGGCUGAACAUUUUUUUUGUUUGUGUGUUUUGAUACCUUGUACCAAGCACAGUAUUACUGAAACUAGGGGAACUAAUAUUUGUAUUAUUAUUAUUAUUAUUAUUAUUAUUAUUAUUUUUAUUAUUAGUUCCUCUGUCUCUAUUGGGCUGUUAAACACUUAGAUUGAAUCUCAAAGAAGUAACAGUAACAGUUGUACAUCAGAGGUCAGGUUUCUUGCAGUGUGUCAUCCAGCAUCCAGGAACAUUUCUAGGCGUGAAUUUCAGACAUGUUAAACAAAAGGUCUUGAUUCCCCUAAAUAUUACUCAAUCAUUUUAUUUUCUGAUAAAUGUUUGCUCAUUUGACAAUGCUUCAGUCUGGCUGCAUGUAAAUGUGACCGAGCUGAUGCCUGAGGUCUUAGCUGUGCCAUGUCUUGAAAAAAAGAAUCCAAAUAGAAAAAAACAAAUGUAUGUAAAGUCAGAAAUCAAGAAUGAAACCAAGCAGUUAUUUCAAAGAGGCAUCAAAAAUCGCAAGUUUAUGCAAGAAAUCCCAAAACCACUGUGGAUCCCAUGUCACUUAAAUUCUGGGUUAAAACAAAGUCAAAUUGCCAGCAGAAUUAUUUUUUAUCCAACUCUUUUGGCCCUUUCCCUGUACAUCACUAUUACUUUUUUUUUUAUCCAAGAGGAGGUAAGAUGGAGAGAAAGGCGUUUGUGUUCAGACUGAACUGUUUGUAUAUUCAACAUUUGAAGUAUAUUCUAUUUUGCUGUACUCUUGUUUCAAAGUGUAUUAGAUUUUACUGAAAUAUAAAAAGACAUUUGAAACCUGA